UUAUAUUUCCCAAUUUGUGAAGUACUGAAAUAAAAAUCUGAAAUAUAUUACCAGGAAUACUAAAAAUAUACAAUCCCAGAUGACUUUUGCCAAACCUUUAUUAGUGCUAUUUAUAGCACUUUUCGGAUUGACGGCUGCCAAUGUGAAUACAACAAAAACACCAAGUGUUGAAGAAAUAUGUGCUGUUAUGCCACCUGGUUCCAUAAUUCUGCGUCCUAAAACUUGCACAAAUUGGGUUCGCUGCUCAACAACGCCAGGUGGUGAAGAUAAAGAAGAAGGUUCUUGCGUACUUGGUCUUUAUUAUAAUAAAGAUAAUGGACGCUGUAUGUAUAAAGAUGAAGUCGAUUGUCCCUACCUAAACAAAAUAGAUACACAUACUGCUUGUACCCUUAAAAAUGAUGGUGCUUUCUUGCCAGAUAGCAAUAAUUGCAAUGGUUACAUUUACUGCCAAAAUGGCACCGAAAUACGUGCAAAAUGUCCAAGUGAUUUAGUAUUCAGUCCACAGAAAUCCGCUUGCGUAUAUCCACAUGAAUAUACGUGCCCUAAGAAACCAGAAAGUGCAGCAAUCAGUCCAGUUUGUCGUUCAGUACCAGAUAAUUCAUUUUUCGCCAAUGAAGAUGAAUGUGUGAAUUAUUAUCAAUGCAGUGGUGGUGUACUUACCCUAUAUGAAUGUGACAGAGACAGCGCUUAUGAUCAUAUAAAAGGAAAAUGUGUACCUAGAGAUGAAGUUGUAUGUUUGCCAUCUGCCAAAAAACCAGAACCAGAAAGUACCAUUUGCGGUACAAAGGCUGAACCACGUUAUGGUUAUUUCCCUGAUGGCGUUUCAUGUAGUGGUUAUUAUAUUUGCGCAAAGAAAGCUGAUGGCAGUCGGGAUCGUGAUCCAAAACAUAUUCAAUGUGACGAAGGCCUGUUCUUCGAUCCUGAUAACUGGACGUGCCGAGAUCGUUUAAAUGUUAAAUGUUUAUUGGAUCGUUGCGAAGGCAUGGGUAACAAAUAUGUCAACAUUGCUGGUGACUGUACAUCAUACGCACGUUGCAGUAACGGCGAAGCUGUUAGCAGUGGUACAUGCCCAUCGAAAUACUUCUUCGAUGAACGUACGCAGGGUUGUACGCCACAGAAUAUUAACUAUGUAGCCUGCCAAGCUUAAAUGCAAUUUGUAAACAUAAUUUAUAUAAUAUAUAAUACAUAAAAUUUUAUUUGGUGAUGGGAAAUAUACAUUUGCUAGUUUUACUCAAAGAAAUAAAUAGAUCAAAACGA